UGUCUACGCAAGUGAACCUCUUUUUUUGGAGCAUUAUCAUUGCAAUGAGCAACUUCUAUAUGCCCUACUAUAUCGUCGUUAUGAGGAUCCUAUGGGACUUUACCCCUUGAAUAUUUGGAUUCGAUCCUGUAAAAAGAGGGGAUACUAAUGUCUGGGCGAAUACUUCAAUGGCCCUUGCUGCAACUGUGGGAUCUGUAGUUGUCUGGAUGUUCGUAAAAUUUGGGAAAAGAAAACUCCUGAUAAUCCAAUGCUGUAUCACACUGAUCGCUAUUGGUAUACAGAUGAUUAACAAUUUCAACUCAUUUAUCAUUGGCCGGGUGAUGAUAGGCCUUUCUUUUGGAUUUUCAAAUACUAUUUCUCCUAUUUUUAUUAGAGAUAUCAAUCCAGAACAAAAUCAUGGACCAAUGAUUACACUAGUACAGCUUGUGAUUAAUGUGGGAUUUGUCUUUUCUUCUCUGAUUGCUCUUUUCUUCCCUCCAUUUUACAGACCAAAUGGUAAAGUAACUGACUACUGAGAUCCUUUAUACGGAAGAUAUGUUCCUUGGAGAGAAUUGGUUGGAUUCCCUGCCAUAAUUGCCUUGAUCCAGCUAGUAUGACUUUUAUUUAUAUUCAAGCGAGAAGAUCCGCAGUAUGAGGAAUUUUAUAAUCCAACAACAAUAUCUAUCGAUAGUGCAAGCUCUACUGCUACAGACACUAAUCAAGGCAUGGAAAUGAGCUUUAACGUACAGAGUACCCAUAAGAGACGAUUAACACGACUGGAAAGAGACACAUGGAAGCAUAUGUGCAAGAAGGGAGAAAUUUAAAAAAGUGUUCUCUGGCAGUAUAGUUAGAUUCCUUCAGCAAUUUAGUGGAAUCAACUUAAUUCUUCAGUUUUCUUUCUUUAUUAGGCUCCAUUCUGAAAAUAUUUUUUUCAAUUUGCAUCUGAUUGUGGUGAUUUUCUCAGUAACUGCAAACUUUGUUGCGAUGUAUAUGCUGAAAUACGGGAAACGAAAGCCUAUUCUGCUUACUGGUGCUCUUAUAGCUUGAUUGGCAUCAUGAAUACUGUUUCAAACUUUUCAAGAAGUUCCUUUUAUCAAUUUGAGUAUCCAAGCUGUUGGUGGAUUUGCAAAUAUUUUGCUAAUGGUUACAGUUAUUCUAUUUGCAAUAGGCUUUUUCCUGACAACUGCAUCUGUUAUAUAUGUUUAUGCUGCUGAAAUAUUGACUGAUAAGGGCAUGGCAAUCUCUUCAGUAGUUCAUUGGGGAUCACACACCAUAAUCGGGAUUAUCCCUAACUUUGGGCUAACUUUUGUGCGUGAUACAAAAGACACUAUCAAGUUUCAUGACACCUUAACAUUCUAUUUCUUCUUUUUCAGCGGGAUCUCAAUAGCAGGAUUCUUCAUUAUCACGAUCUUUGUCAAAGAAACCAAAGGUAAAACACGGAAGGAAAUUUCUCAAGAUUUUCGUGAGAACGACUUCGACUUGUUGACAAGAUCUAGUUGCAAGUAAUUUUCAACAAUUCUAG